GCCUGUAAUAUAAUGUCUUUUGUUUUACGUCCAUUGUCAUCAUCAUCAUCAUAAUCAUCAUCAUCAUAAUCACCGUCAUCAUCAUCGACAUCGUCAUCAUCAUCAUCAUCAUCAUCAUCGACAUCGACAUCGUCAUCAUCAUUAUCAUCACCAUCAUCAUCAUCAUCAUCAUCAUCAUCAUCAUCAUCAACACCAUCAUCAUCAUCAUCAUCAUCAUCAUCAUCAUCAUCAUCAUCAUCAUCAUCACCAUCAUCAUCUUCAUCACCAUCACCAUCAUCAUCAUCAUCAUCAUCAUCAACAUCGUCAUCAUCAUCAUCACGAUCAUCAUCAUCAUCGUCGUCGUCGUCAUCUCAUCGGCUCCUACGUCAUGCCAGUGGCGACUGGGUUUCGACCUUGAUAAAGCUAGGGGGAGCGCUCAUCCGGUCCACCUUGAAAUAGGGGGGGAAGGGUGCCCUAGAGAGGCUUUUUCUUCCGACCUCCGGUCCCCGGUUUGGUCUAAAAAUAAGGGGUGCUAGCCCCAGAGCCAGAGAUCGUCUCCUAGAUGAGCCACUGUGAUCAUCAUCGUAAACGAGGGUCUCAAUGGGGUGGUGGCUUUUACGGUUAUCGGCUAAAAUUUUGGCUCUUUUACGGCUAUCGGUUAAUUUUUUUCAGUUACGGUUAACGAAAAAGUUAAAAAUUAACUUCUUUUGUUUCAAAGAGUUAAAUAUUAAUCAACCUGUAUUUUUUUUGAAUAAGGGUCUUCGGAUCAUCUCGGGAUGAAAUAAGCUAUUCUUUUAUAAAGUAUUUCACUUCUAAUAUUAUUUUACACAUAGUAAUGUCAAUAGUCAAUUGAAAAAUUAUCUUCGUGAAAAAGCAAAAGCAGACACACGAACGCCAAAUCAAAGCCGGGGCGCGACAUUCAUUAAAACAGAAAUGGCCGUUUUCACACUAGAGAAGGAUUAUUCGUGUGAGACGGGUUAUCCGUUUGAUGAUUCGCGUCAGAUAGGUAAUAUGUCUUAAUUUGAAAAUGGAAUAGUUUUAAUUUGGAAUGAACAAUCUGCCUGACUUUUGAAGACGGGAUUAUCCGUUCCAGAUAGCCUGUGUAUAGCCGCCCCCUCCCCUCAGAAAAAAUCGGAGAAGGGGUGUCUAUGGCGAGGACGCGACUAGACACAGGCUAGUCUCAGACGGAUGAUCCAUUUCUAGCUAUAGUGUCAAAAAGGCCAAUAACAAAAUUCCCGUGUCCAGUGUUUUUAAUGAUAGCGAAGGACUACGGAACGAUUGUCUGCCGUUGCCUUGUCCGUAGGCUGCGUUAUUCCGCACGGCUAAUGCGUUUCGGGUCACGUGGUCCGAGCGAGUUCGCCACCGAAAUGCCUUGACUGAAACUGCGUGGGUAGACGCCGUACAGGGACUAAGCAUGGCAAUGUCUACCGUAGCGUCAGAGAAAAACAGGGAAAUGUUGCUUAUCGGCAACGAGUUUUACAAACAGUGACAUCUCUGCGUGUUGUUUCACUAGUGUUUCGAGGGCACGACCUCCGGAAAAUUGCAAAUAUUAAUCCCCAGCAAGAAGCCACACUUUCGCUAGUUAGUUCCCAGAGAGAGCGCCGGAAAUGGAGCCUAUGUCUUGGUUAACUCCUAAAAGGCGCUUCGCCUAACGUGCGUAUGGAGUCACACUAGCCGGCAGUGUUCUCACCAGGAUUUUGCCUUGGGGAGUCCCAGGGCCCCCUCUUCUGAGAAAUAGGGGCCCUGUAAGAACAUUAGGGGGACAAAGUUACAAAAAACACGCGGUACGAAGAACCUGAGCCCGCACUCCAAAUUGUCUGUUACAUGAAGUACCUACCUGAUCCAAUAUGGCAGAAGAGGUGUUUACGAUUCGGAGGAGGAGUUUAUGAUGUAGUGGGACGUGUGUGGGACCAAUGAAAGUAAAGGCAACAAAAUUAAAGACUUUGACUCAUUUGAUAUCAUGUUUUUUUUUUUAUUCAAACAAACAGAAUGCUUUAGUGUUAGGUUGACCAUUAAAACUACUUAAGUCUGUUUGACUCGUAGCUUGCCCCUGUGCCCUAACGGGCACAUCUUCUUGGUUUUAAUGCGCCAUUUCAGUUUUUUCUUGCGGGAAUCCCGCAAGGCCGCGGCCUGGUGAGAACACUGUAGCCGGGAAAUAAAAAACGCAACCAUAAGGGAGUUUAGUACCUUCGUUAAAAGUAGCAAAUCUAGGGAACACUUUCUUUUACGGUUAACUCUUUUUUACCCUAAUUACGGCUAACGGUUAAAAUUUUUCAAUUUUUACGGCUAUCGGCUAAAUUUUUGGCCGUUUUACGCCUAUCGGUUAACCCCAUUGAGACCCUCGUAAACGGCAUCGCUUUGCCGUCUCCACUUAUGCCCAAAUUUGCACGCAGCAGCAAAAAUUGCGAUUUUUCGUGUUAGGUCGUGUGUUGCGAAAAAUCGCAAGUCUGACGACCUGUCGCGUUUCGUGCGAUUUCUCGCAGUUCUUUGUCAUGUUAAUGCUCACUUUUUCUCGGGUUCAUCUUCACUUAAGUGUAAAACCGAAGUCUAAAGCGAGGGUCCACAAUAGGGGUUCUCAAAUCCCCCCUUCCCGCCUAUUUUCUUUUUAUAUCCCGCUAUCCCGCCAUCCCGCCCUUUCUAUGUACGAAUCCCGAUCCCGCCCUGAUUUUGUCACGACUUUCUUGCUUGAACUAUUGAAAUAGACGUUAUAUAAGACUAAUCUUCCGGAAAUAGACAGCUUUAAAUUUAAGGUUGUUAAGUGGAUAUGUUAACUAGAAAUAUGGCUGUUCACUGAAUAGGCCCGUGCCCUCCCCUCCCCCUACUUUUUGGGCGAAAAUUUUGAGAAAAGAAGACUACCACUUUACCGUCAAAAAUACUUAGUUAAUAACACAAGGCAAUUCCCCUUUCGAUUUUAAAAAAUGUGUUGUUAGGGCUAGUUUUUUCCGUGCCCUCUCACUUUCAAAUUCGUUCCUACGGACCUGUCACUUUCUUUGACACUCAUAGCUGUCAUACCUUAACCACAAAGGCGGACUGCACACAAAAGGGCCAUUUUUGUUAGUCAACGCGGUGUGGUCGGGACAAAACUAAAUUCCCUUAUGCCGCUACUGUUCCUUUACUUCCCGCAUCCCAAGCUCAUAAAAAUAGGAAAUUCCGCUUCCUCUCCGUCAAAAUUCUCGCUUCCCGCUCCUGUUUUAAGCUCGCAUCUCGCGUAUCACCGCAAAAAAUAGCCAAAUCCCGUAUCGCAGAAAUCGCAGUUUUGGCUGAGCACCCUUCUACCUCCUUAACCACUUGAAUCUAGUAAUUUUAACAAAAACUGCGAUUUCUCCAAUUUUUCGCAAUUUUUGUUGCUGCGUGCAAACUUGGACAUAUCUCUUUUUUUCUCUCUUUUUUUUUCGCCCUGGGGACGAGGUUGGUGGAUGAUAUCGACACGUCACUUACACAUUUCCCAUAAUGCACCUAAUUUCCCCCCGCGCCAUCCCCAAAUUUUGCGUAAGCAUUGUUUUCAAUUUCUCUUGGGACGGCUGUAAUGCCCAGGAGAAAUGAAAAAUUUGGAGCUGGAGGGACAAAUAAGGUGCAUUAUGCGAGAUGUGCAAGUGGCGCAUUGAUUUCCGAUAUGGAUUUCUCUCGAUUGACUCCGCCUGGUUUACAAAAUCACCAAGUUUGUUUAUGGGACAAUAAUAAACGAGAUACCGCCAUUCAAAAAAUCUCCAAAAUUUACUGUGAAUUAUAUAUACGAAGGGAAUUCGAAAUUAAUACAUCUCUUUUCAUUAAUUUUCAAGUUUUUGAAUAUGGUUCCAUGUACCAUAUUCAAUAUUGACCGGAUUUCAAAGACAAACUUGCGGUUUGCUCAUUCUGACAAUAUGUGGAUUUUAUAACACACGGACUCGUACCCAAAGUUCCCUCCGUUUUAAGCCUUAUCUGUUUUCAAUUCUUCACGAUUUCAGAUCCUGCAGCAGCUCUCAGCUCGAUCAUGCUGUUCUUGUCGUUGGAUACGGUACAUAUGAAGGGAAGGACUACUGGCUGGUCAAAAAUUCCUGGGGGACCAGCUGGGGAAUGGAAGGCUACAUCAUGAUGUCGAGGAACAAGGAUAACCAAUGUGGAAUUGCCACAAGCGCCAGCUAUCCUCUUGUUUAAUCUCCGGGCCGUUGAGAACUUAGCCUGUCCACAGCCGGUUUUCCUUUUUUCCGACAGUUUGAGGGCGCGAGAACAUUUCCUCUUUUAUCCACCCCCACCUGCACUCUCUUGCGCAUGCGAUCAAUUAAUCCCCCGCGAGUUUUAUUUCCAUACGCGUCCUUGACGAUCUCUAAAGAGAAAACAGAGGGUCUGUGAACAGGCUACUAAGACCUAAGCAACAAUACCCCAAGCAUCAUCAAUAACUAGUCUUUUUGUCCAUUUUAGAUUCUGUGAUCUUUUUGGGGAGCAGCAUUGCCAGAACCAUUUUGUCAUAUUGCGAUGCACUGUUUUUAAAGCCGAGUGAGCGUGUUUUUUGUUUUGUUGCGUAAACUCUUUAGGUGCAGUGCUAGAUUAAAGUCUGUAAACAGGUUCCCUAGUAUAGAGAUAGAACGAAAUCGCUGAUAAAUCGACUUUCCUUUAACUCUACAUUACACCCCCUCCCCGUGAGCAUAUUCACAGGCAAUGUUUCCCUGAGUUGCACUGGGGAGGGACAAGAAGGCCUGAAAAUUCCUUCCUUGCUUUUUUUUAAGCCCGUGUUUUAUGAAGGCGCUUUCUCCUAACGGCUCUCUUACAAUGGGCUCCUUAUUGCUAUGAUGUAUCGGCUGGGUUGCCUGUUCCUGGCCCUCAGGUAACCACAAGAGGAAAGAAAAGCGAACUUGAGAAAAUAACAGGGGAUACUAAUUACUUUGACCAAAGAGCCCGAGCCGGGAGCUCCCAGUCACUCGCACCCAGGGUAACCAUCAGAGCAGACCCAGACAACCGAAUGAGUAGCCUCCCACGAAGACGUUCUUCGGGGUUCGUCACGCGUUCCUGCCCCACUAGUGGGCCAGGAACGCGUGACGAACCCCUAAGAAUGUCUGCGUGGGAGGCUACCGAAUGAGGGAAAUGAACCAAUUAAAUCUUGAAGCAAAUACAUCAAGCAUUUACUAUUGAGUUUUGAAAUUAUUCCUGCCAAGCAAAAUGCAUAGCUUCCACUCUAUAACGGUAUGUGGGUUCUUCUUUUUUACGACCUGCCUUUCCUUUCAGGACCUUACCGGUCGCUUUUUUUCUUUGUUUGCCCUACCCAACCGGCAGUCUCUGUACCUGAACAGAACACUAAAUAGCAAGGCAAUUUGAGAGGCUUCUCCGUGUAUACAAGAUAGGGCCCUACGGCCCCCCCACCCACUAUAGGUUCAGUCUUCAGCUAGCAGCUGUGGGUGUCUCGAUGCGCCGGGCCAGGGAGAAUAGUGGGCGCUGCAUCGAGGCAUCCAUGGCUGGAGACUAAACCUAUACUGCACCUGAAAGAGCAAUCUUUAAUGUCAACCUCGUCCCUAGGGGUUUUCCCAUUUUCCAAGGGCUCCUGCAAAAAAUCACUUACAGCUGUGAUUGUGAAGUUCCCUUGACCGGGGGAUGAGAAAAACGAGCGAACCCUGGUACUAGUAAUCUAACAAUAGCGGAAGCAGCAGAGUGAAAAUGGCGUUGGACGGUCUAAGUUACUUGUCAGCAGACUUUCCGGCAGCUAUUGGAAGACCGAGAUCUCCGAGACGAAGCCCAAGGCUAAGAGUGAAUGAAGAAGAUGAAGACGAAGUAGAUAAAGAAAGAUCUUCGCGAAAUGUUGGGUUAAGGGCACCGAUCAUUGGUUAUGAAGUGAUCGAUCAACGGCAAAAAUUUACGGUACGUUUGCAGUCCUAAUUCCUUAAUUUCAAGUUUUUGUCGACCGUCGGUGUAAAAAGAAUAUCAGAAACGUGUAGUCAUUGCCUUUAUAUGCAAUAAUUUUGUUUUCGCAAUUCGGCGACAACGAUGUUUUGGCAGUUUUGGUUUAAUGUUUAUGUAUGAGGCGCGUGACUCUGAUCUAUAAUCUUGCUAUUCACAAAUAAUUUAUGCGCUUUUGUCAGGAUAUACAAAGUAACAGUUUUCUGCCCUCUAAUACUUAUGACAUUAUCUUUUUAGCUAUAUUUUGCAUCGUAUUUUUUGAUCAUUUUCUCUUUGCUGUAAAGUUGUGGCCGAAUAGAAAUGUAUGCAUGACCAGCUAAAAAACAACUUUGUUUUUAAAUCAUUACCCCGCUUAAGCCUAUGAAAUGAAUGGUCACACAUUUAGACGGCGUAAAUUUACAGAAUGUAAAAUAAGGUAAAAUUCCUUAGAUAUUCUAAGAAGCUUAGACUAUUCUUAAUUAUCUUAGUCCGGAUAUUGUGUGCGUCUCAUAAAUCACUUUAUGCCUGGAUAUUGUUUAUGUUUUUCUGAGGAAGUUGAAGUGGUUUCACCCUUGACUGCGUUUUUUUCUUUGACGUAUGAAACUGAAGUGAAAUUAUGCAAAACCUUCAAUCAAAGCGUAUGAAAUGUGGAAAAAGUAAUAUUUACCUACUGAAUCCACAAAGGGGAUCAAUAUCAUUUUUGUUCAUUUUCUUGCUUUUUUAAAGUAAAUGGCAGUACAAGAGUGAAAUCUUACAAUGAUACAAGGACAUGUACAAAUGGCUAAAUUUAAGCUUGCAUAUAUAAUGAGUCAAUAUGAAAAUGAGCAUAGCCUCAUUGCAAACAUUGUUUGAAAAUUUCAAUAAUGAAAUGGCUCAGGUUUUUCUAAAGUUGGAUAACUAGUGCUCUCCAGCGGAUAAAUUGCUAUCCAGUGGAUAUUGGUAUUACAAAAACCAAUUUGUGUUAUAACACUAGAUAGUGAUUUAUUGCCAGUGGAUAGCACUACCCGCUUUUUCAACAAUUGGGGCCUGGAAGGUUAUUGUGAUAUACUACCAGUAACCGCCUGUCACGGAAAUACAUCAGACUGGCCGCAGUCAUCCCCAGUUGUUCAAAAAGGGUAUAUAUAACGCUACUCACUGGUGGAUACAUCUCUGCAAUGUAUUAUGCAGUAAUUGGCUUCCCUAAUACUCAUCUUCUGAAUCACAAUUUAUACCGUGGUGAUAGGGCUCUAACUGUUUAAACACCUUGGACCUUAAAAAUUAACAGUACUUGCUACAACCUUAUCCAUUCCAUUGGCUGUCCACAUUUCAAAUUUCUUACAGUAUCAUAUCUACAAACUCUAAAUCUUUUCUCUGUUGUAGUUGCAACCCAUCUUUGCAUUGUUUGACACCAUUUCCUGCUGUCCUUUGUCGCUGUCUCCAGGCCUUGUGUCUUGUCGGAUUUAACCUAAUGGGGCCUCUUGUCUAAAUGAUAGUGUUAAAAUUAGGUUGAAGUUGAUACAGCUUUCUUGCUUUUCCUUAUUGACAAUGAAAAUCCACCUCCGUGGAGGGUUUGUCUCAUAAAAGUCCUCUUUCACUUACCGUUAGAAUACAAAAGUGUAGACUUGAACUUUUAUUUUUCUCUUCAAGGUCUUUAAAAUUGAAGUUAAAAGCUCCCAAAGAAGCUGGUUUGUCUUUCGCCGAUACACUGAUUUUACACGACUCAAUGACAGAGUAAGUCAAGAUAAAUUAUUUAUAGCCAAAAGCUUCUUAUCCAACAGUCUUCAUGACAUUACACCUUUGCAAAUGACUCCAGUUAAUUUAAAGUAAUAUUAUUCCCACAGCUUUUCAAUUUAUUGUUCAGUGAGAUACGGUAAUGAUACUGCUACAAUUAUAUGCAUGCUCCAUGCCCUCCUUGCACUUGCUCACUUGCCCUUGCCCAAAUUGCAAGCUGUAAAACUGACGUUCCACCCUGAAUUUAGUGUUUUUAAUGUUUUUCUUUUUUAUGAUGUUUAAUAGUUGAAAGAUGCAUAUCCAAACUUUCAAAUUAAACUUCCCGGCAAACGAUGGUUCAAGGAUAACUUUGACGCAGGUAUAACGAUAUAAAAUGUUAUUAAUAAUAAUUCUUUCUCAAAAAGGAAAUUUUAUCCUUUUUAUACAACCUCUGUCAUACUUGCCUUAUCACCCUAAAUUAGCCACUAAACAAUUUUCAUUUCUACCGUUAAGUUGACUGAAUGAAGGGCUUGUGACAGAUAUGAAUGCUCAAGAACAAUAAUAAUUAAGAAAUUAUUUCUUAAUUAUUAACAAAUUAAUGAUCUGUCAGUUUUGGUAGAUACCAUUUAUAUAUAAUAGAGAUAUCUGAGAAAUAAGUUUGAAACCUUUAUGUAAACUCACUGUUGUUUUUGUUCAUUUUUCAGCUUUCAUUGAAGAGAGAGCGAGAGGAUUGCAAUUUUUUAUCAACAAUGUGAUGAAUCAUGCUCAAAUUUCUCAAAGGUACUGACAGUUAAGACAGGUGUCUUAAUAAUGUUCAAAGUAUAUCAAGACCUCAGGGUUAAAAAAAGGCUUUUUCUGGUAGUCUGGCCCAAAUAGAUUUUGUUGUAGGGCAAGUGGCUUUAAAAGCUUACUUGCCCACUGAAUGAUUGAGGGCUUAGGCAUCAGUCUCAACCCCACCCCAGGUCCCUCUCCUGGAUCUGCUACUGGCUGUAAAAUAUAAAGUCAAAAUUAAAGACAUGAAAGAGGUAAUAAGUCAACUCUAGACUAAUAGCAAUAUUGAUUGUUUCUUUACAGUAUUGAAGUGCAGGAGUUCUUCUGCUUGAAUGAUCCUCCUGGACCAUAUGACAGCUUGGAAGAAAGUAGGGUACGUUUUCAAAGACAGCAAUGUUUCUUUAGUUUUAUUUCUCAGCUUCUAGUGGCAGUUGGCACUCCUAGGCAUUCAUCAUACAAAUGUAUUUGUUGAGCUUCUGAUGUUAUCCACUGGUGCCAUUUUAAUGGUGCAUCAGCAUUGUACACGUUCUCUAGAAAAUUAAGCCCUUUGUGUUCUUAGAUCAAAUUUUCAAUUGACAUUAAUUUUAAAAAAAUGCAAAUAUCCCAUUGUAUGCAUUGACAUAGGAAAUCCUCUCAUUAGGGGAAGCAUCUUAACCAGGUAAAGUGGCUAUUCUUCAUGGUGCUUCAGCUAAUUGAAAGUGCCCUUGCUGUUAUUUAUCAGAUCAUCUUUAUCAUCACCAUCAUCAUCAUUACUGUUAUUUUUAGUAUGAAUAUUUUUGUUUUAACAGAUGUAUUUCCCUUUUAGCUUGGUUUAAUCACACAAGCCCGAAUUUUAAAAUGCUUUUGAGAUGAAAACUCGACAAAUUUACUUUAUUUACCCAUUCCCUCGUCGGAUGAAACCUCGAAAAUCUUUACAAACACGCUGUGCCAAUUUUAAGCGAGAAAAACACUUUUUUGAAAAAAAAGAGAACUGAUUGCACGUACAUCUAUUUCUGUUAAUGUGAUGAUUCUUAAAAGAACUGUUUCUUUUGAAUUUUUCUCCUUUUACUUCUACAUGACUGCAUAUUUUAUAAAAUGACCAAACUCUUAUAUGGAAAAAGUCACUUGAGAACAUCACAUGAUCUGAAGUGAGCAAACAAACAACCCAAGCUAAAAAGGUCUACUGACCAAAGUUUGUUCAUUUGUUUUUAAUAGGCUUAUUGUCAUCACUUGGAAGAUCAAGUUGAGGACUUGAAACAGAAGGUGGAGGAACUUACGGCAGAGCUAAAAAUAACAAAGUCACAGCUGGUUCAAGCUAGAGUACAACAGGAAGCUUUAGUGAGCGCUUUAAGAUCUGAGCGCAGUCUAAGAAAGAAAAAAUCAACAGAAAGCUCUCGUAAUUCAGCUGAUGUUGAAGAGCUUAUGGAGAAGAGUGAAAAUUUUGCAAAUGUGGAUAGCCUGCGUGGAAAGUUUCAUCACCUGUUGCAUAGUGAUCAGUCUAGUAGCAAGGGCGAAGUAGAUAACAUUAGUGGAAAUGAAAGAGAAAAGGACAAACCAAUUUGGCCUGGAGGUGUUGAGAUUGUAGAGCACUCUGAUGGAACUAAUGGAAUAAGGCCUUCUCAGCUAGUGAGGCAGAUUUCACAGGAGGCACAAAACCCUCGAACAUCUACUCCUACAUCCAGUCAUAGCGAGAGUCGACAGCCAGCAUUUCUCAAUGAAGAGAAUUCAGCAAAGAAGGAAUUAGAAGAAUCUGAUAAUUAUAGUGAAAAAACUAACGAUGCAAAGUCUGCAAGCAAUAUUCAAUUGCCUGAAGAUCAGGUCACAACAGAGGGAACCAGUCAUCAGGAAGAUUUAAGAGGUGCAUCCAGGCGGAAACCAAAAAAGCGUUCCAGUAAAAGAGAUAGUGGAAUAAGUGUCGAUGUUUCUCCUACACCAAGCACAUAAAACUUACUUAUAGCCCUUUCAAAUGAAAAUCAAUAAGUGGAUAUCCACAGGACCUUGAUUUGCUUGAAGGGGUUACUCAUAGUUUAUGGUGAUGGAAAGGUGCAGGCGGCUUUUCUGGUUCUGAAAUUCAGAAUUUUGGGAUUUCCUAUGGUAACAAAAUUUUGACUUUGCCUAUUGUUGUGGUCAUUCAAAAAAAUACCAUUCCAAAAAUUAUUUUUAUGAAACGGAUUUUUAAAACACUUACAUUGUGUUGUGUUAAAGUUUGGUUCAGGUGAUUUUUUUCUUCACUUCAAAGUUUGUGGGUUUUUUGGGCGUUAACACUUGUUCUCCAACAGUGAGUCAAGGAGGGUUCUAACUAUUGAGCCUGUGGACAUUCAAAGUUAAUUUGUUUGCCAGUUCUUUGACUAAGUGCUGUUUGUUUUUCAGCAUUUCAUACAAAACGAAAUUUGGAAAAUUUUUGGCUACUUUUUUUUUCAAUCAUCGUAAACGUAGCGUACCCCUUCCCCCUGAGUUUUGCACUUAAUGAAGGUGGAAUGAAUUGUUUGAGGGCUUAGAAUUAUAAUGCUGCCUGCAUGAUCGUGAGUGUUCAGUUUAUUUAAUUUUCUGUGCGAAUGGUACCAUGCAAAAGCAUUAGUGAGUAGGCCUUGGAUUUCACACUCAGAUUCAAAAGUAAAGACUAUUUUCGUGCAUUCGUAAUUAUACUGACUGUGGGUAUAGUUAUAUAAUGGGAUUAAUAACUUAAAUACAGUUUGUGACUAUUAAUCGCCAAUAAGUCAGUUAGAAGCAGUGGGCAAUCACAGUAAUUAUUAUUGUCAUUACUGUUAUACAAAUUGGUGCUUUGAAUUUAUCCAAUUAUCACUAACAUACGUAACAAGUGUUCCUGUAUGUUGCUGGCGUGCACUGUUAGGGCGAGAGCAAAAAGGUUAGGCGGUAGAAAAAAUGGUUCCUUAACUCUCCCUCACCCUGUCCCACCCUUUUUUUGCUCUGGCCCUAACUUACAGCACGCUUCUUUCGUAUUUCUCGACUGGGAGGUGUCGCUACUCAAAUACUAAAGGGCGUGUUUGUUACGCAAGAUUAAAGUUCAGCGGUGACGUUUUAGUGACUGUUUAUCUCGAUCGACUUAACAUGUUUCCGUUGAUGUUGAAAACUGUUGUGAGUAUUCUAGACCGGCGUUUACUCCAUUGGAGAAGGUGAAGGUUUAAGUUUGUCGACGCAACUUUAAUAUAGCUGAGCAAAAUUAGGUAGAAAUUUAUAAUAAUUGUAAUAGAAAUUUACUAGAAUGUAAAGUUAAGAAUAUGUA